GGUUUGAGUGCAGUAUCCUCAGUUGGCCUCUGCUCUGUAGAGGCGCCUUUGAUGCACUAAGAGGUUUGUCCGCUGCUCGGCGCCGACUCAUAACAGUCUUUAUCGUCUCCUUUCGGCCUCAGGGUUCCAGUUUACUCUUCAUACCGACGGAAAAACAUCAGGACGGUUCAGUGAGUGGCGCUCGCCGACGAUCAAAUUGCCCUUGAUGUGACGGCGCCGCGGCAGAGUUGCCCUCUCUACCUCCGAUCGCCCUCCGUGCCUCUCCGCAUGACGUCCGAUGACCGCUGACCCUCGGAGGGGAAACCCCAUCCUCACCCUGCAUCCCCCACUUCCUGUGGACUCCUGAUACCGCCCCACCCCGCACCGCCGCCACCAUCUGACACCUCCACCUGUUCCCAGUGGAGGUGUGGAGGACCAGAGAAUAAAUUUCCCCUUUUCAAAUUUCUCCUGGUUGGUUUGAGUCCGGUUCUGCCGGCCACGCGAGUUUUCAAAGCUGGGGCGCGAUUCCUGGGAUGCAACCAUGUCGGGUCUGAGUGAGCGCAGGCCGGUCAACACGGACUACGCCAUCUCGCUGCUGGAGCAGCUCAAGUUCUUCUACGAGCAGAAGCUUCUGACGGAUGUGGUGUUGCUGGUGGAGGACGCGGAGUUCCCGUGUCACAAGAUGGUUCUGGCCACGUGUAGCUCCUAUUUCAGAGCGAUGUUCAUGAGCGGCCUCAGCGAGAGCAAGCAGACCCACGUCCACCUGAGGAACGUGGACCCCGCCACGCUGAAGAUCAUCAUCGCCUACGCCUACACGGGCCACCUGGCCAUCAGCGACAGCACGGUGGAGCCGCUCUACGAGACCGCCUGCUUCCUACAGGUGGAAGACGUCUUGCUGCAGUGCAGAGACUACCUGGUGAAGAAGAUCAACGCUGAGAACUGCGUCCGCAUGCUGAGCAUCGGCGACCUCUUCAGCUGCAGCGAGCUAAAGCAGAGCGCCAAGCGCAUGGUGGAGCACAAGUUCCCCAGAGUUUACCGACAGGAGGCCUUCCUGCAGCUCUCCCAUGAGCUGCUCAUUGACAUCCUGAGCAGUGACAACCUCAACGUGGAGAAAGAGGAGACGGUGCGUGAGGCGGCCAUGUUGUGGUUAGAGUUCAACAUGGAGGCACGCUCGCAGCACCUGUCCUCCGUGCUGAGCCAGAUCCGCAUCGACGCGCUGUCGGAGGUGACCCAGCGCGCCUGGUUCCAGGGUCUGCCGCCCAACGAUAAGUCGGUGGUGGUGCAGGGCCUCUACAAGUCCAUGCCCAAGUUCUUCAAGCCUCGUCUGGGCAUGACCAAGGAGGAAAUGCUGAUCUUCAUGGAGGCCAUGUCGGAGACGCAAGGCGAGAGCUACGUCACGUCGACGUCCACGCCUACGACGAUAGUGUGUUACAGCCCGCAGGCGGAGAAGGUGUACAAGCUGUGUAACCCGCCGGGAGACCUGCAGAAAGUCGGGACCCUUGUUACCCCCGACAAUGACGUCUACAUCGCCGGCGGUCAGAUCCCCCUCAAAAACUCAAUAGCCAACCAUGGCAGAAGUGGGAAGCUACAGGCCGUGUUCCGCUCGGUCGACAGCUUCUUCUGGUUGGAUGCGCAGCAGAACGCCUGGGUGCCGAAGACCCCCAUGCUGUGCGCCCGCAUCAAGCCGUCGCUGGUCUACUGCGACGGCUACAUUUAUGCAAUCGGCGGCGACAACGUGGGCGGGGAGCUGAACAAGCGCACGGUGGAGCGCUAUGACUGCGAGAAGGACGAGUGGACUAUGAUGAGCCCACUUCCCUUUGCCUGGAACUGGAGCACCUCGGUGGUGGCUCACGACUGCAUCUACGUGAUGACGCACGACCUGAUGUACUGCUACUUCCCCCGCGCCGACGCCUGGGUGGAGAUGGCCAUGCGCAAAACCAGCCGCUGCUUCGCCUCUGCCGCUGCCUUCGGCGACCUCAUCUUUUACAUCGGCGGCCUCCACGUGGUCAGCAACUCCGGCAUCCGCAUGCCGACCAGCACCAUCGACGGCUCCUCGGUCACCGUGGAGAUCUACGACGUCAACAAGAACGAGUGGCGCCUGGCCGCCAACAUCCCGGCCAAGCGCUACUCGGACCCGUGCGUGCGCGCCGUGGUGCUGCUCAACUCGCUCUGCAUCUUCAUGAGGGAGACCCACAUGAACGAGCGCGCCAAGUACGCCAUCUACCAGUACGACACGGAGCUGGACCGCUGGUACCUGCGGCAGCCUGUGUCUGAACGCGUCCUCUGGGAUCUGGGGAAGGACUUCCGCUGCGCCGUAGGGAAACUUUACCCUUCCUGUUUGGAGGAGUCUCCAUGGAAACCGCCGACGUACCUCUUCUCCCCCGAUGGCGGUGAGGAGUUCGAGGUGGACGGAGAGCUGGUGACCCUCCCCCACGUAUAGCUUCUACCUCCCCCCCUCCAUGACAUAGUGGAGGAACAUUGAGGAAGGGGGGCUCUGUAGCGUUAGCGUGAAAAGUGCGAAGGGUCCACCGGACUCGAUUCCCCUCGAAUAUAAACCCAUUCUCCUUUUGGUUCUGUUUUAUUUUGUCAGUGGUGACAUCUGUUAGAUAUUAUGUCGGUCAUACUGUUUCUACAAUGUGAUAAUCUCAAACUAAUUUUGUGAUGAUGAUGAUGAUGAUGAUGCACUUAACUGGUAAACCUUCUGGUUAACGGAAACUGUACCAAAAUCUCUUCUUUCUGCUAAAGAAAUACUCCACAGAAAAUCAAAGAUCACUGCAACUGGACG